AUGCAAAACGCCGGCCCUCUCCUCUCUGUCGAGGUCAAGAUGACCCCAGAGCAGUAUAGAAAACGUAAAGUCGCCUUGAUCACCGGUAUCACUGGUCAGGAUGGUUCUUAUCUGACCGAGUUCUUGCUGGAAAAGGGCUACGAGGUUCACGGUAUCAUCCGUCGAUCGUCCAGCUUCAACACCAGCCGUCUUCAGCACCUCUACGAGGACCAGCAUGAGCGGCCGACAAAGUUCCAUCUGCACUACGGAGAUCUGACAGACAGCACCAACCUCGUGUACAUCAUUGCCUCUGUCCAGCCCUCUGAAGUCUACAAUCUUGGAGCACAGAGCCACGUCAAGGUCUCGUUUGAGAUGGCAGAGUACACGGGUGACGUUGACGCACUAGGCACCCUCCGACUUCUCGACGCUAUCCGAACGUGUGGAUUGGAAAAAUUUGUUCGUUUCUACCAAGCUUCGACCUCUGAGCUCUAUGGCAAAGUCGUUGAAACGCCUCAAUCGGAGACGACACCAUUCUACCCUCGCUCCCCGUACGGAGUUGCAAAGAUGUACGCCUUUUGGAUCACGGUCAACUAUCGUGAGGCAUAUGGCAUGUAUGCGUGCAACGGUAUCCUGUUCAACCACGAGAGCCCACGUCGUGGAAGGACGUUCGUCACACGCAAAAUUUCCAGGGCUGUGGCGGAUAUCCACCUUGGCAAACAAAGUUGCCUCUAUCUCGGUAACAUUGAUGCUCAGCGUGACUGGGGACAUGCUCGGGAUUACGUCGAGGGUAUGUGGCACAUGCUUCAGCAAGAGACUCCAGAGGACUUUGUUCUCGCCACGGGUGAGACCCACCCUGUGCGUGAGUUUGUCGAAAAGGCCUUUUCCCACGUCGGAACUACCAUCAAGUGGCGUGGCGAAGGUGAAGAUGAGGAAGGCGUAUGCGCGCAGACAGGCAAGGUCCUCGUAAAGGUUGACAGGCGCUACUUCCGUCCAGCUGAAGUCGACCUCCUCCUCGGCAACCCCGCCAAGGCAGAAAAGAAGCUCGGGUGGAAGAGAAAGGUCACAUUUGAUGAGCUUGUCAAGGAGAUGGUAGAAGCCGACGUAAAGGCCUCUAGCGGUCUCGUCGAGGACCAAAACUAG